AUGCAUAAAAUACUAGAGGAACGCCGAAAAGAAGAUUUAGCCACAUUACUGACAAUAAUGAUACAAUGCACCACUAUUACACCCUUCAGAUGGCACAAAAGCAAGUACAUGUGCUUUUAUUGCUGUUCGUUAUUCGUAGAAAGCUUCAAACUUAAAGAACACACCGAAUCAGACCACCAAGAGAUACCAAUUGAAGAAGUUAUCGUCAGAACUCUGUACAGAAACGGUAAAAUCAAAAUUGAAGUCUCUGAUAUUUGGUGUUCCCGUUGCGAAAACCAAUUUACCAGUUUUUUGGAAUAUUUCAAACAUCUAUCCCUCAUCCAUGGAAUAUUACUGGAUAAAGAUACUGUAAAAGCAUUUGAAUGCUUUCGCCUAGGAGAUAAUGGAAUGUCCUGCUUGGAUUGUGGCCAAAAUUUCAGAUUUUUUGGACCUUUACUCAGUCACAGGCACAAAUAUCACAACGAACAUUUUCUGUGCGAAGUGUGCGGACAAGGUUUCGUUGAAAAGCAUAACGUUGACAAUCACGUGAAGCAAAUACACUGCAUCAAAGCCUGUAAAUAUUGUAAUAUGACCUUCCCCACACAGUAUUCUUUAAGGAACCAUGUAGAAAAUGUUCAUAGAACGGAUAAACUAAAGUGCCCGUUGUGUUCGGAAAUUUUGGGGAACAGGUACUUGAAGAAGCGUCACAUGGCUUUGGUUCACGACUGUAAAAGUGCGCAAAUCGUGUGCGAGUACUGCUCGAAGAUAUUUACCAGGCACAAUAAGUACGUUCAGCAUAAAUCAAACGUCCAUUUCAAAGAAAAGAACUAUUACCUGUCAUUAACAGCAGACGAAAGAUAUGCUGAAAAGCGGCGUAAGGACGAUCUGACGAAACUGAUCACCAUCGUAUUAGAGAAUUCCAACAUCAUGCCGUUCCGUUGGGCAGCCAACAAGUACAUGUGUUUCUUCUGUUGCUGCACUUUUGUUGACAGCGUCCAGCUCAAACAACAUACGAUAGAAGAACACAAAGAUGCCAAAUUGAGAAGAGUUUUGAGAACAUUGCUUGGCAGUAGUCGCGUUAAGUUAGAUACUUCGGAAAUUGCAUGCAAAAGGUGUUCGAAACAUUUCGAGAAUUUCGACGUUUUUCUCGAUCACGUCUACGAAAUACACGAUUUGAAAUUUAAUAAAGAUAUUGCUAGAUGUCUUUUUACUUUCAACCUGUCAGACGAGGGAAUGUCUUGUCACGAAUGUGGACAAGAAUUUAGAUUCUUUGGACCGUUACUCAAGCAUGCACACAAGUUCCACAAUAAAUAUAAGACGUUCCUUUGUGAAAUAUGUGGUCAAGGAUUUGUGGCGAAAGCAAACGUAGAGAGUCACAUAAAAAAUGUUCAUAGUUUAAAAGAUAGACAAUGUCAGAAGUGUGAUAAAGUAUUUAGGAACCCCUACGCUCUGCAGGUACACCGUGAAAGAGCCCACAGAACUGAGUCUUUGAAGUGCCCAAAAUGCCCAGAAUAUUUUGCGUCGAAGUAUCUCAAGAAACGUCAUCUAGCGUUAGUACAUGAUGUCAAAAAACUACAGUUCAGUUGUGACGAAUGUGAACGAGUUUAUACAAUGAAGAGUAGACUAGUCCAGCAUAAAUUAAGGACGCAUUUGAAGCAAAAGACUGUCACUUGCGAGAUUUGUGGAUUUAAAGUGUUCAACAAUGAUCUGCUGAAGCGACAUAUGGUUCGCCAUGAUGACUCCAGACCAUUCCAGUGUGAGUUCUGCAAGAAAAGUUUCCAGAGGAAAAAGACUUUGGACGUUCACACACGAAUACAUACAAAUGAUAGAAGAUAUGGAUGUAAGGAGUGCGGAAGGGCGUUUGUUCAAGUUACCAGUUAUAAGCUUCAUAUGCGAGUGCAUCACAGACUAAACGAGGGAUCUUCUUGGAACUGA